AUGAGUGAGAGGAGGCGUUCGGCCGCCGCUCUAAGCUCGCGAGCCCACGCUUUCUCUGUGGAAGCACUCAUAGGCUCCAGCAAGAAGAGGAAGCUCCGGGCCGCCGCCGCAGCAGCAGCCGCCGCGGCAGCAGCAGCGGCCGCCCCAGGCUGGGACCACCACAGGGACACCGACGACCUCCAUUUGGCCGCCGUAGUGGACCCCGACGACCCGACGCACUGCCUCGACAUGGACCCGGACUCUGAGGCGAGCCCCGGCUCGGACGGCUCCGACCUGGCCGAGAGGACAUCGUGCUCAUUCGGCUCAGCCGCUUGCGAGCUGCCGGCUGCGGCGGUUGCAGCGGCCGCAGCCGCUGCAGGAGGCCCGUGCGAGGCCUCUUCGCUGGCGGCGUCGGCGUCUGCCUGCUCAUCUAUGGAGGAGAUCCACGUCGAACUUCAGUGCGCCGACCUGUGGAAGAGAUUCCACGACAUCGGAACCGAAAUGAUCAUCACCAAGGCCGGCAGGAGGAUGUUUCCCGCCAUGCGAGUCAAGAUCGCCGGCCUGGACCCUCACCAGCAGUACUACAUCGCUAUGGACAUUGUACCCGUGGACAAUAAACGAUACCGGUACGUGUACCACAGCUCUAAGUGGAUGGUGGCGGGCAACGCUGACUCCCCAGUUCCCCCACGGGUCUACAUCCACCCGGAUUCGCUGGCGUCAGGCGACACGUGGAUGCGGCAGGUGGUCAGCUUUGACAAGCUGAAGCUCACCAAUAACGAAUUGGAUGACCAGGGACAUAUCAUUCUUCACUCAAUGCACAAGUACCAGCCCCGCGUUCAUGUCAUCCGCAAAGACUUCAGCAGCGAGCUGUCGCCCAACAAGCCUGUUCCAGGUGGCGAAGGUGUCAAGACUUUCAGCUUUCCCGAGACAGUCUUCACCACCGUCACCGCUUACCAGAACCAGCAGAUCACCAGAUUAAAGAUCGACCGAAACCCGUUUGCUAAAGGUUUUCGGGACUCCGGUAGAAACAGGACGGGCCUGGAGGCCAUCAUGGAGACAUACGCUUUCUGGAGGCCGCCGGUGAGGACGCUCACCUUUGAAGACUUCACCCACAUGCAGAAGCAGCAGGGCGGCAGCACAGGCACGUCUCCGACCACCUCCAGCACGGGGACGCCCUCCCCCUCUGGAGCUGCCCACCUUUUGUCCCCUUCCUGUUCGCCACCCGCCUUCCACCUGGCGCCCAACACCUUCAACGUGGGCUGCCGUGAGAGCCAACUUUGCAACCUUGGCUUGUCCGAGUACCCGGCGUGCGCCCGUGGUAACAUGGCGGCUCUGCAAGGAUACAGCGGCCUGGCCGACAGUUCCUACGGACGCCUCCAGGCGGCGGGCAGCGGCGUGGCCUCCGCGCAGAAUGCCGAACCCUUCCUGCCCCAGAGAACUUCCUCCCUGAUCGGCAUGCAAGGUGGCACCUCCGCGGGUGCCCCAGGAGCCACCGCUGGCAAAAUGGAGGCCUACGGAGGCCAGCUGGGUUCCUUCCCCGCUUCACAGCUGCAGUACGUGAUGCAGGCGGGUCCCGGCGGGUCCGGGGGCGCCUCAGCCGCCGCCCCCUCCGGGUCGUCCCCGUCCUCGGCUCACGUGUUUGGCGGGGGCCACCACCACGUGCAGCAGGGCUCCUACAACGCCUUCUCGCUGCACAACCCCUACAAUCUGUAUGGAUACAACUUCCCCGCCUCGCCUCGCUUGGCCACCACCCCUGAGAAGCCCCAGGGGGGACUGCUGUGCUCCUCCGCUCCAGCCGGCGCUUUCGCCGAGCGUCAAUACUUGUCCAACAGCAACAUGGACACCAUGCACAUGAUCGGCAACGGCGGCGGCGGCCAACAACAGGGCACCGCCGCCUGCGACGGACGCCAGUACGGGACCCCCUCCCAGAUGUCCAUGCACAUGGUGUAG